GUGAGGUCAAAUGCAGAGGAAAGGAGGAGCGGAAGAGCUUUGCUGACAGGUGGAGAAAACAUUUUAGCUUUUAGCUAAAAGGCAACAAAUGGACGAGAAUAAAACGGUGUUGGUCGAGAGCCUGAUAAUAUGGCUGCAGACCUUCAACACUUCAGCACCCUGCAGAACAGUGGAGGAGCUGACCACUGGAGCGGCAAUAUCACAGGCACUGCAUCAAAUAGACCCAGCGUGGUUUUCUGAUGGAUGGCUCGGUCGCAUCAAAACAGAUGUUGAUGACAACUGGAGACUGAAGGUGAGCAACCUAAAGAAGAUUCUUCAGAUGGUUGUUGACUAUUAUAAUGAGGUCCUAGCACAGGAGAUCUCUGACUUCCCCAUGCCAGAUCUGGCCAUGGUGGCAGAACAUUCAGACCCUGUGGAGCUGGGGAGGCUGCUGCAGCUCAUACUGGGCUGUGCUGUCAAAUGUGAACGCAAACAAGAAUACAUUCAGAUCAUCAUGACCUUGGAGGAGUCUGUGCAGCAUGUCGUCAUGACGGCUAUCCAGGAGCUCAUGAGUAAAGAGACCAUGGCCCCAUUUGGAGCAGAGCUGUCGGGGGACUUGGAACGGCAGCUCAAAAAAGCUUUGGAGGACCUCACUGAACUUUUAGCAGAGAAGGAAGCUUUAGCCCAGCGCUGUCAAGAGCUGGAUAUACAGGUGGCCGUUCUUCAAGAGGAACGGAACAGCUUAUUGGCCGAGAAUGAUGUCCUAACUGACCGAGCCAAUCAGCUGGACACAUUUGAUGACCCAAGCACACCCUCAGGGAGGAAACACAACCAGUUACAGCAGCAGCUAGAGGCUCUGCAGGAAGAGAACUUCAGGCUGGAGGCUGCAAAGGAUGAUUACCGGAUCCACUGUGAAGAGCUGGAGAAGCAGCUGAUUGAGGUUCAGCACCGUAAUGAUGAUCUCAACAGCCUGGCAGAAGAGUCUCGAGCACUCAGAGAUGAGCUGGACGUUCUGAGGAACUGCUCAGAUCGUGUGGUGAUGCUGGAGGCCUCAGUGGACACGUACAAGCGUAAGCUGGAGAAUUUGGGUGAUCUGAAGAGGCAGAUGAAGCUGCUGGAGGAGAAUAACAUGACCUACAUGCACAACACUGUCAGUUUGGAGGAAGAGCUGCGCAAGGCCAACGCUGCACGUGCACAGCUCGAGACAUACAAGAGACAGGUCCAGGAGCUACACAGCAAGUUGUCUGAGGAGUCGAGGCGAGCAGACAACCUGGCCUUUGAGAUGAAGAAGUUGGAGGAAAAGCAUGAAACUGUGAUGAAGGAGAAAGAGAGGAUCAUCAUCGAGAGAGAUUCUUUGAAGGAGAUCAACGAGGAGCUGCGCUGCACUCAGGCUCAACAGCACCAGCUUUCCCAAGCAGGAAUGAUUCCUUCCAGCAGCCCCAGCCACGAUAACCUGGCAGCUGAAUUAAUACCCAUUGAGUACAGAGAAAAGUUCAUCAGGCUGCAGCAUGAAAACAAGAUGCUGAGAGUUCAGCAGGAGGACUGUGAGAGGGAGAAGAUUGCUACUCUACAGGCCCAGCUUCAGGAAGCACAUAAGAAACGUAGUGAACUGGACACUGAGAACAGACUGAGCCGAGAGCAGGUCAGGGAGCUGCAGCAGCAGGUUGAGGACCUCCAAAAGGCUCUGCAGAGUCAGGCAGCCAAACCUGAUGAUUCAAACCUGAAGCGGAAACUCGAUGCACACAUGGUCCAGCUGAAUGAGGCCCAAGAUGAAAUCAUGAAGAAGAAAGAGCUGCUGGAGGACCUUCAGCCUGACAACACUCAAACCUCCUUAAAGCUGGAUGAGCUGAUGGCAGCUCUGAAGAAGAAGGAUGAUGACAUGAGAGCCAUGGAAGAAAGGUACAAGAUGUACCUGGAAAAAGCUCGCAAUGUGAUACGAGCGCUGGACCCGAAGCUGAAUCCAGCCACCGCUGAGAUCCAGUCUCUGAGGAACCAGCUGGCAGACCGGGACAAGCAAAUUCUCAACCUUGAUCGUCAGUGCGAACAGGCCAGACUGAGAGAGUAUGAGGAGAAGCUGAUUGUCACAGCGUGGUAUAACAAGAGUGUGAGCUUUCAGAAGUUGGCCAUUGAGUCGCGACUCGGCCGCUCAUCCUCUGUGCUGUCCCCUGGUCAGUCCUUCUUAUCCCAACAGCGGCAAGUCUCAAACGCCCCCCGCCGGGCACUCUCCAUCAGCGUGCCUGCCACUACCUCCAAGUAGACCUUGUGACACACAGAGCCAAAUGUCUCACCUUAUUCAGUUAAGGGAAAACUCCACCUUCACUCCCUCCCACAAGUGAGCACUCAAGUGACCUUAAACACAUCUGCUCUCAGUGCUUGGGGGAGGGGUCAAGGAUGAGCUUAUUGGGAUCAAUAAGCAUUUACUUAUCGGGCACACCCCUAAAGGUCACCCAGAUGAGGUUAUAGAAUACAAUCCUUCAUUUCACUGGCUAUUAGUUGACCUUGCAUUGAACCCACAACCUGUUUUCACCUCACUAGCUUAAAGUAGUGCACACUCUCCCAACCAUUGACAUAGAGCAUCUGCCCUUUGUGUUUGCUCUGCCAACUGCAGACUCAACUGAAUUCUUGCUGUAAUCAAAUUUAACAUUUACUCGCAUAUCCUGUCAUGCUGAGUACUUGGUCAGGAAUGAGAAAAAUGUAAAUGAAUGCUUAACAGUUUUAUUCAGAAUUAGAGCUCGUAAUAUUUAUGAAUGUUAUUUUUUAAAAAGGCUCACUUGAAUGGUAACACUUACUUAAUGUAAUUUAAGAUGAUUGUUGAUGUAUGUAGAGCUGUACCAUCAGACUAUGCAGUUGAGGGGGCGGUAAUGAGCUGAUCCAGCAGACAGAGAUAAAUACUUGUCUUUCUUUCCAAAGUCAUCUUUGAGAAAAUGAUCAUCAUAUUUGGUGCUGGCCACCAACUGAUGGUUAAGCAUCAUAUUUUUACUAAAAUGGAAUAAGCCCAUCAUGUGAAGCUGUGAAAAUGCUAUACAGUGAUCAGCCUUUGAGGAACUGCAAAAACAAAUCCUACACAAGGAAUCCAGGACUAGUGUAUUUUAUUGUGUAUUUUGUAUCCUUCUGAGAGUGAGGUGUGACUUCUGUACUGGCAGCAUGCUCUAAAUGAAAACUGUCAGGCCUUUAUAUUUGUUGGAGAUCUAUUUAGUAGUGAGUAAUCAAGACUAUUAUCUAGCAACUUGUUAUUCUGUAAUGUAAAACAUGAUUUAAACACCAGCUUUUGAUCCAAAUGUGAGAACCAGGUUAAACAUUCAAAUGAUACCUGCAAAUUGUAACUUCAGAGUUUUAAUUAUUGUGCUGGAUAUUGUAGUUAAUCAUGUUUUCAGGCUUUUUAGUGUCAAUGGAAAUUGGAGUGAAGAGCGUUGUAGACGCAGGUGUUUUCUUUGUUAUUGUGGGUUAUUAUUAUGGGUCUUAAGUUGAACUGUACUAGCUUCAGAACAUGAAAUGGCUGUUGAUUGCCUUCUCACUCUGUAUGUCUGCAAUAACACUAGAGGCAUUUCUGUUAUGAUGGUUUUGCCAUUUGUGAUCUAUAGAUGUCCUGUAUGUCAAAGCGCUUUUAUUUUCCUUUGCAGUGAAUGAUUCUUGUAGAUUGCUGAUUUAAACGCUGUAAUUCAUAUAAAAAUAAGAAGUAUGAUCAAGUAGCACGGCACAGAAACUACAAGUGUAAUUAAUGUUUGUUUAUAAAUGAAGAAAAGUGUGGAAGGCAUCAUGAGUUAAAUUUUAAAGCCUUUGGUUUUCUUGUGAAAAAAUAAAUACAU